AUAGAUAAAACAAACAAAUAAAUACAUUAAACGUUUGUGUUAUCGUGAAAAAUAUUAAAUAAGAAGUUAAUAAUUGCACUUAUGAAGUAAAACAUCAAACAUCGCAAGCAUCGCUUAACGAGAAAGAAAGAAAGAAAGAAAGAAAGAAAGAAAAAAAAAAAAAAAAAAAAAAACAAAUAGAAGACAAAACAAAAGUUAAUAUCUAGGAGAUAUGACUGCCAUGUCAGCACAUUCAAAUUACGGCUUUCAUUUAAGUCAAGGCAUAAAUCUAUCCACGCCGGCAGAUUAUGCUCCGCAAAGUUCCAUGACUUGCAGUGAUAUGGACAUUAAACGAGUGAUGCAAUUUUCGCAGACUAGUAACUUAGCAGCAAUUUCAGCAGUAAUGGGAGCUUCUCCCGUGGGCACUCAUGGACCUUGUAACAGUAAUAGAUUCAUGGGCGGUGUAAGCCAUUUAGACAAUCAAGGAAAUAAUCAUUCGUUGUUGAAUAACAGCAGUUUGAGUAGUGUGCAAAAUACCGUCGGUCACCAAACUUUAUCACCAAAUUCCUCAGUAGGCAGUCAAAGUUCUGUAGCGUCCAUUAAUUCGAAUAAUCAUGACUUACUUGGAGCACCAAUUUCUAAUAGCGAACACCAUCAUCCAUCAUCGCCGGGACAAGAAGGUCAUAUUAAACGGCCUAUGAAUGCCUUUAUGGUCUGGUCGCGUUUGCAACGUCGUCAAAUUGCUAAAGAUAAUCCUAAAAUGCACAAUUCAGAAAUAUCGAAACGCUUAGGAGCCGAAUGGAAAUUAUUAGCUGAGUCGGAGAAGCGACCGUUCAUCGAUGAGGCCAAACGUUUACGGGCAUUGCAUAUGAAGGAGCAUCCAGAUUAUAAAUACCGGCCACGACGUAAACCUAAAAAUCCAUUAGUAACUGGUUCCCAAGGAACAUUACAGUUACAAGGCGCGGUUCAACAAAAGCUCGGCACAAGUAAUAGCGCUGGAGUAAAUUCAUAUAAUGCAUUCCAUCAUUAUUUUGCACCUACACAUCAUCUUGAUCAGCCGUAUCCAGUGCCAUAUUUUGGAGGCUUCGAUCCGUUGGCCCUUUCUAAAUUACAUCAAUCUCAAGCAGUGGCCGCUGCUGCGGCAACAAAUCAAACACACAAUGCAUUAGAUGCCCAGAAAGCUUCGCAACUCCCACCAACAACUCUUAGUCUCUAUUCCGGUAUUUAUUCUGGCAUUCCGACACCUUCACUUUAUGCGGCUCAUUCCGCAAAUGCUGCAGCUGGCUUAUACAAUUCAUCCUCGACAUCUUCACCUGGCUCUUCACCUGGAAAUGUAACACCUAGCGCUACGGAUAGUGUAAUUGAUAACGCAUUAAGGAGGCCAGUACCCGUUCUAUAUUAAAAGCAAAUACGUAUUAUUCUGUACAGAGAUGGUUUUAAAUCUAUAUCUCUUACCACCCACCACCACACCAUAAAUAGAUCAAAACACACUAACAGAUUGGAUGGAAUGCGAGAGUUAGAUCUAAUAAUAAUUUAAAGAAAAGUCUACUUGUUUGUACGCCCAUAACCUUAAAUCUUAACUGAAGACGCGUCGGUAGCUAAGCUACUUUAAAUGGUGAAUACGUGUCCGUACUUCGAUGUGUGCCAAAUUUUUUAUAGACGUUUGCAAGAAUAGUAGGAUUGUUGGGAGGUUUAACAGAUACCGGUUCAAAAUUCACUUCAAAAUUUACGCAGAUCAAAGCAUUUAAUGUACACUUAAGGGUCUCAAUUAUAUAAACGAGCAUAAUAGGAGCACCAAAGGACUCUCUAAUCUCUAAAAAUUGUUUGUAAGUCUAUAAUUAACCUUAUAAGCGAGCAAUAAUUCGACUGCCUGAUCUCCGCAGUGGUCCUCUUAGUACAUUGUUUUUUUGUAAAUUAUUUCAACAACAACAAGUACGAAAGAAAUACACUAAUAAUAACUGAAGUCGAGUUGUUCCAUUUUCAUUAUUGUUAGUCAAAAUUCUAUCAUUUGAUAAUUGAUUUUAUUUUAGAUAAUGAUUGAUAUUUAAAAAAAAAAUUUGUACCUUUCGAGUUAAAUUUCUGUUAAAAUUUUUAUCGGUCAAAACUCGUCAAAAGUUUGUGUCAUCUAAGCGUUUAACGGCGUUAAACGUUGCUUAGUCAAACGAACAAAAUCGUGACUACAUUGUAUGCGGACUAUAAGAGAAAACAAGAAACCUAUCUACCUACCUAACCAUUGUAAACCUAAAACGUAACCUAAUAUAAUAUAAUAUAAUAACCGCGGUAGACAAGCCAAAUAUCGAAAUGCGAAAAUGUGAGGAGAGAGGCUAGUAAGUGUGGUUGAAUGACAACAAUUUAAAAAAAAAUUUAUCUUUGUUUUCGAAAGAAAAUUUUAUAGAUCAUCACGUAGCGAUCACAAAUGGAUACUAAGGCAGAGAUAUUUUAAAUUUCCUUUACUUGAUUGCAAAGAGAUGAACUCUAGUUCUCGGGGGGGCAAUAAACCGGAUAACUUUUCCCCGAUAAAGUUCAGUUCAUUUUCAUUCUUCAUUAUAAGAAUUUCAUAUUUUUGUGUUAUGUAACUUGAGGGAUACUCUGAUUUGCAGUUAAGAUCGAUUAAACAGCUAAAAAAAUAUUUAUAUGAAACCGAAGAAUUAGAUG